AGUACGAGGACAAGGACAUAAAUAGCCCUCGCCGCACGAGUUCAGUAUCAUCAUCGACGAUACCAAUCCCUCUCAUCACUACAACUGCCUCGCAGUCAACAACCAUUACCAUGCAAAUCAAAAGCCUCGUCCUCCUCUCCAGCGCCCUGCUCACCAGCAGCCUGGCCCUAGCCAACACCCUCGACAGCGACGACGUCCCCAACCGCUGCUGGCAAGUCUGCGGCCCCGUAGUCGGCAUCUCGCACAAAUGCGACGCGAUGCAUGACAGUGACUCAGCGGAAACAAAGUGCAUUUGCGAGUGGCAGCAGGCGCCAACGCUGGUUCCGUUGUGUGAGGCUUGUAUCUCGCAGUAUCGGAACGAGACCAAGCACGAUGAUGAUGAUGAUGAUGAUGAUGAUGACGACGACGACGAUUAUGACCGCGACAAUGACCGAGAUGAUGAUAAUGAUGGAGACAACGACCGCGAUAAUGACCGGGACAAUGACCGGGACACUGAUCGCGACAAUGACAACGACCGCGACUCCCGCACCAAGCGCUCAAUUAAGCGAUCUAUCCACAAGUCCAAGCGCGACGACCCCCACGACAACGAUGCCAACGACAUCCUCCGCGCCUGCUCCUUCACAACCACCAGCUACAACCCAACCGCCACUACCUCCGCCAUCAGUGCCGCAUCGACCCUGAUCCCGAGUACUUCUGCAACUGCUACUGGUUCUAGCUCUAGCUCUGCCUCUGGUUCUAGGUCGGGCUCGGGCUCUGGUUCUACUGACAAUGACACGAAUGCGGCGUCGGCUCAGGGGGUUCCAAGGGCUGCAAGUUUGGCUGCCGUCGUGGGAUUGAUUGGGUUGGUUUGGCUGUAAGUUGGAGGUUAUGGUUGAAUGAGUACGGUUGGUACUAUAGUUGGCGAUAUGAGCGAAUGUGUUAUGAAAUGAGGGUGAAAGUUAUGUUUGAUGAUAAGUUAUGUUUGCCAUGACAUGGUCUUUCGUUU